UGAUUAAACCACACAUUGCAAAGACACACAACUACGCGGAGCUAUGGAAAAGACUUGCAUACCUUUAUUUAUCCAAAGUUUUGAUUUAAACUGACAGCAAUGUCAAGCUGAAGAGUGCUAUAUAUCACGUGACAUAAUUAAGACAUUGAUAAGAUUUAGAAAUUCACAUUUUGGAAAUGGCUGGUUCUGUCUUGGAAUAUUCCAAAAAGUUAAUUUUGGCUCCCAUGGUCCGCAUCUCAACCCUUCCCACGAGACUGUUAGCUCUGCGUUAUGGAGCAGAUAUUGUGUAUUGUGAGGAGGUGAUUGACUUUAAGAUUCUUGCUACCACGAGAUAUGAAAAUAGUAUACUUGGUACAGUAGAUUAUAUCGCCACUGAUGAAACAGUCGUGUUCAGAACUUGUCAAGAAGAAAAAGGAAAGGUUGUUUUUCAGUUGGGAACAUCUAAUGCACAGAGAGCAUUAAAGGCAGCUAAAAAAGUGGAAAAUGAUGUUUCAGCUAUUGAUAUCAACAUGGGCUGUCCAAAGGAAUUUUCCAUCAAGGGAGGUAUGGGUGCUGCUUUACUGACACAACCUGAUAAAGUCAAGGAAAUCCUGACAACUCUUGUUGAAGGCCUGUCUAUACCUGUUACCUGUAAAAUCAGACUGCUACCAAAAUUAGAGGAUACUCUAGCACUUGUGAAGAUGAUAGAGAGCACAGGUGUGGCAGCAAUUGCUGUACAUGGACGACUGAAGGAAGAACGACCUCGCCAUCCAAACCGGAACCACAUCAUUAAAAUCAUUGCAGAGAAUGUCAACAUUCCAGUCAUAGCCAAUGGUGGCUCUAAGGAGAUGCGUACUUAUGAUGCCAUAGCUACAUUUCUACAGGAAACAGGUUGUACGUCAGCAAUGAUAGCACGUCAGGCAGAGUGGAACCCCACCAUCUUCAGAAAGGAAGGCAAGCUGCCUUUGUUAGAUGUUUGUAAAGAAUAUGUCAGAGUGGCCCUGCAGUACAACAAUGUCUAUACCAACAUCAAGUAUUGUGUCCUCAACAUGAUGCAUGAAGACAUGGAUUUGGAGGAGGGACAGAAGAUGCUGGCAUCAAUGUCUCAGGAGGAUAUCAGUGACAUAUGGGGCCUCCGACAGUACUUUGAGGACUUAAAAGCAUGUUGGAAGAAGAAAGAGAUGGAACUCUUUGAUAAAAAGAUAGAAAUUACAACAAAGAAAACAGAAAAUGGAGAUAUGGAAUUUGUGGAAAUGCCAGUCCGCUACCUUAAGAAGGACUACCCUGUUGGAAUCAGUGCUAAACAGAGGCUGUUUGAGUGGGCUAGGCGGAAUAAGAUCCUACGUCCAGAUUACAACACUGUGGAGAGAGAAGGAGAUCGCUAUUUCAUGAGUGUGAUGACAUUGGGAGAGACGAAAUACAAAAGCGCCUUCUGGGAAAAAUCGAAAAGUAUUGCAGAACAGAAUGCUGCAAUUGUAGCAUCAAUUGUACUGGGUAUAGAUGAUGGUCGCAAACCAGGAUCCGCUGAAAUGACAGAUGCAGUGGCAGUCAGGUGGAGACAACUCUGUCAGGAGGAAAAUGCAAGUGAUAAUAUAUCCCAGACAAGUUGUGAAUCUUCAAUAAACUUGAAACAUAAAGAGAAUGAAAAUAUAACUGAAUAUAAAUUUGAUGAGACAACGAGGAAACACAAGAUUUCUGAAACUGACAUUACAGAAGAUUUGAAUGGAAUAGCCAGUAAAAGAAAAUGUGAUAAAUUUACUGAGGGAGGUGAACAGAACAGCAAUGACAAUAAUAUGGACAGCCCAUCAGCAGCUUCAUCUAUAAACAAGAGUGGACUUGGUUAGUCCUCAGAAAAAGUACAUGAUGUUCUAAUAUUUCAAUGUAAUUCAACUUAAAGAAUUUAUGCAAUUUUAAAAUUAUUUGACUGAUAAAGUAAAAAAAAUAAACUUUUAUGAUUAUUAAAAUUCAAUUCAUUUAUUGGAAUGGUAUACUAAAUCUGAAUUGCUCUUGAAUAAUUUUUUCUCAGAUGUGUGUAAAUUGUCAGUUUUCAAAUAUGAUAGUUGGAAAAAUCUUACCUUUGUGAUUUAUCUUGUUGCAAAGCAGGGUUUUGUCAAUUUAGCUUCCAAUAAUUACUUUGUGAUUUAAUCCUGAUGAACAUUAGAAACACAUCAGUAUCACUUAUAUCUUAAAUGUGAUACAGUCAUUGGUAAGUACAAAGAUUUGUAUCUAGGUCAUGAAGUAUGAAAAAUACACCAACAUAUGACCAAG